GGAAAGAAGCACCACGAUGAAAGAACACGGCAACAAACAUCCGGCGGAACCGGCGGCCAAGACGCUCAAGUCGCUGCUGAAGAAACCGGGCCAGACCAAGGCGAAGUCGCAGAAGCAUCGCGUGGUGAUCAAUGAGAAGCUGAACGAGUUCUUCGCAGCGGACUACAUCAUACUGAUCAAAGAGGAGUGCUGCGCCGAUUACGAAGAGGAUUGCGACUGCUGCUAUCAGGAGCACGAGUUUAUGCGAUUGGGCAAUUGUAAGGAGUGCCGGGCGGAAUUGAAUUUGCAUUUCGGCAUCGGCACCGGCACCGGCACCGGCAACGGUAGAUACGGCGAGAUGGCGAGGGGUGUAGAGCAGGCGCUCUGCGAGAACGCCGCGCGGGAUCAUCGCGGCGGCGGCGGCGGCGGCGGCGGCGGCGGCGGCGGCGGCGGUGACGGCGGCGGACCCCGCGGAAAGAAUCAGCAGGGUCGCGAGGACUCGCAGACGGAGGAGGACGAGGAGGAGGACGAGGAGGAGGCGGAUGACGGCGAGGAAGAAGAGGACGAGGAGGAGGAGCGGGAGGAUGAAGAGGAGGACGAGGAGGAGAACGUCGACGGGAAGGUGGAGAGGGUGGUGGUGUCGGCGGCCGCAGCCGCGGAAGGGAAGAACGCGAACGAGCGAGGAAACGUGGACGCGGAGGACGCGACGAAAGGAUGCCGGCUGAAGGAGACGGCCGCGGAUUCCCAGGAGGAGAGCGGAACCGUAGUUCCGCCACCACCGCCGCCGCCGCGGCACGACCAGCAGCAGCAGGAAACGCUUAGCCCGCCGGAGGGUUACAAAGACAACGAGAUCGCGAACGGGACGGAACAACGUGGCGGCGCGUCAUCCUCCACGGCAUGCGCGGAGUGCAAUUACUAUCAGCAACAGGCAACGGAAUGCGAGUCGCAAGUGCAAGAUCGUGGGAAUGAGCAGGAUACGCAGAGCAACAAGGACACGGUGCACGACGGUAAUCAGAGGAAUUUGCAAGAAAAACUGGAUAAACAGCAUCGGGCGUCUCUCCCCGAUUUGCACCAUCGUUAUCUCGUGGAAACAAUAACGAUGACAACUGUUACGGAGCGACGGAUCGUGCGGGAAAUUAGCGAAGAGGAGCGGAAGGAUUGCUUCGGGCGAUCCGAUGCGGAUAAAGAUAAAAGCGUUUGCGAUAUUCCAAAGGAUAACGGUUUUAGUAGUCCGGCGCUUUGUUCCGGGACAGGCGGCCCAGUGUCGAUAGUUCACGAAAAUGCAGCGCAAUUCACCGCGCGGUGUAACGACUCGGACAUCACAGAGGAUCGUGAUACCGACGCGAACGUCAAAAAUUCGACGGGCAACGACAAAAGGGUGGCAACGACAAUGGAAGCGGAACGCAUCAGCGAUCAAACGACGGCGGGCGAGCAGUCGCGCGAGCAGGACGCGAAAGAGCUGUCCCUCGUUUUCAAGCUGGGCAACGUGUCCCUCGCUAGUAACAGCCUGAAGCCAAAUUCUGCAGUGAGACAACUUUUUCCUAAUCCGAAAUUCAUCUCGCCACCGCCGGCGCCAGCCAGCAAGGCGAAUUCGUCCGGAGCGACUUGUCCGGAGCAUUCUCAGGAUGAAGCGCAAAAAUUUCUGAUUACCGCCGAGAGUCUACGGCUGUUCGACGCGGUUAAAAAAUCCACGAUCCCCGGUGGCUCCUACGAGUCGCCGGAAUGCGAGUCUAGCUCGAUCAAGAGAUCCAUCGAGCGGAACACUUUGCGGCGUAGUCUCAUCGGCAAGUACAACACGAUAACGCGCAAGAAGAACUUGCGGCCAAAGAAUCUAUCGCUAGAGGAGCGAAUCAGGCAGCUCACGUGCGUUGAUCAGGACGACGAGAAUGUGGACAUGACCGACAGUUCCGAUAACACAAAUUCCGCGAGUGAUGCCAAGUACAGCGGGGACCUCUCGAUACGAACGUCGCCAUUAGGCGAGGAACGGCCUAUGUGCGAGUCGCUGCCGGCGAGCGUGGCCUCGACGGAAACCACUGCCACUUUAACGAUGAUGUCGACGAGAUCAAACUCCUUGACAGCGGCGGCGACGACGACGACGACGGCUGCGGCGGCGGCAGCGGUGAUGGCAACGACGGCGGGUGCGAUGGCAUCCACGCACGGACAUAAUACGAUAGGAAUGCCAAUGUUGGUGACAGACAACCCGCCGAAUCAGUCCACUUAUAGGAAGAUCACGGACUUAUUUGCACAUAAGAAGAAUAUCCAACCGAACCUACCCGAUCUCGGGAUAGGUCCGGGCGGAAGAAAUUUUCUCACGAAGGAGUGUCAGUCCAAAAAUCCGUUGACCAAAGUGAACUCGGACGUUCGAAGACAGUUAUUAGCGAGUCUGGCACCGCUGUCGUGCGUCGCAGUCAAUAGUUCUGACAAUCAGGACGACUACUAUCGAAACGAGUCCAGAAUGCUGACAUCUUCGAAUCGCGAAUCGACAAAUUAUAAUUCGGAUUCGUCGUACAGUUUGGAGGACAUCGAGGCGGCUUUGAACGGCGAGGACAGAAAAUACGCUGGUCAGCCGGAUGUAACGAGAUGUACGCCGAUAGGCAGUAGACCCGAUAUUGGUGACAACACUGCUGACGAGUUGCUCGCAUUCGUCGAGCAAGACAAGUCGAGGAUGGAGCGAAUAAAACGUCGCUACAAUGAGACAGAGGAUCGUUACGCGUUCAUUAACGGUUAUCAUUCUGAGGACAAGGCCGUGAAUACGUCAUCUAAUGAGAAUUACGAUGGCAAGGGUGUUGUUAAAAACCACGAUGGCAGGGACACGCAGAUGGAUAACGAAGAGGAGGAUGACGAGCUCAAUGAUUAUGGAUUCAAUCGACGGCCAUCGGUAACAGGCAUCAAGCAACAAUACGAGGCUGCCAACGAGGCUGUCCAUCGGGCGCGUCCAUCCUGUGCUGGUGCAACCAACAACUUUAACGAUACGAGAUCUGACUCGAUAUGGCCGAUGUAUUGCGACGUGAACGGUGACAAGAUCGACGCAAAGACUCUGCUGACUGCUGAUGGAGGGGAUGAGACAGUUUCUAUACCCACAGAUGCAUAUACCGCGAUGGGAAGCUUCGAGCGGGAUACGAAUACGAUUAAUCGUAUAAACACAAUGCAGAGACAAAUUGACGAUAUAUAUCAGACCAUUGCCGAGAGCACGGCGGUCACGGCAAAUAUCCAGGGUAUCUCCGAGCACACGACCUACCUGGAGAACACGAUACCGCGACAGUUCGUCAGAACACCGUCCGGCGACGGCACUGCGCACCUGUAUCCCGAACACAGGAAUGGCCACCAUUAUUUCCAGGAGCAACAGCAGUUGUCUAGCACGCGCAUGCUACGUAUCGCGGGUGGUGGUGGUGGAGUUGGCGGUGGCGACGACAUCGCGGGCGCGAUAUAUACCAACACUCUGUCGAAAAUGCAACGUCGCAAUCCACCGGUAACGAUUGCGAACUAUCAUUGCAACAUGUUACCCGGCAGCGGCGUGCCCGCCAUUGGCACCAAGUGCUAUCGCACUAUGUACUUCGUGCCGUACAGCGGCAUGUCGGACCCCACGUAUCAGAACAUACAGCGCAUCCUGCCGCCGCAUUCCUCGCCAAAUUACGCCAGUCACAUCGAGCGGUAUCCAUAUCCUCGUCUGAACAAGACCAAUCAACAACAGGCGUUGUACUAUAACGCGAAUCGUUCCGCCACGUCGCAUUCCAAUUUAAAUACAUCACCGCCUAUACCGCCUCCGCCGCCGCCACCGCCGCCUCUCGCGUCCGUCUCCAGUCCGAAUUCUCUGCCGUUGCAAAGCGCUCAGCAGGCCUUGCAUCUGCACAUACAUCCCCAUCAGACCGAGGACUUCCGAUCGCCCAAUAUCGCGUUCUCCCCCGUGCCCCACUCGGUGGUACAUCCCAUGCAGUUUCACCAUCAUCAACAUCAACAUCAGCAUCAGCAUCAACAUCACCACGGCGAGAUGGCAUCGUACCGCGUGCCCGUGGUGACGCAGCAGUCGCCAUCCUCGUACACGGUGAUCGCACCCUCGAGAUGUAUUCCGGCGAGUAACCAAGAUGGCUAUCCGUUGUAUCCAGCGCAUUUGGCACGCGGUGCCGCUACUGCCGGUACCGUCGCCGUUGCCGCUGCCGCUGUCGCUGUCGCUGCGGAUGUACAAACGCAAACGAUCUCCAUCGCAGCCGCCUCGUCCUUCUCGUCAUCGUCAUCUUCGUCAUCGUCGUCGUCCUCGUCGUCCUCGUCAUCGUCCUCGGCGUCAGCAUCGGCCCUGUCGUCCUCGUCCUCAUCUACCUCGGCCGCGGCCACUUCGCUCAAGUGUACCGGGAUUAUGGCCAACAGCAAUAAGAACUGCGAGCCGAUCGUUGGUACGUCUUACGGUGGCGGUAACGCGCAAUCCGCAACGGGCAAUGUCACUCCGCUCGCGUGUUCAGCAUCAGCAUCAGCAUCAGCAUCAUCAUCAGCAUCAUCAUCAGCGGCGUCAACGGCGAUGGCCGUUGCCGGCUCUUCAGCGACGGUGUUGCAGCUGCCGCGAGGUAUCAACACAUGCGCGGUGACGGAACGCGGGGUUCCCGAGGGCGCCGCCAGUAUGCCCACUCGGGACUUCCCGCAGGCGACUUCCGGUCCCACCAAUUCGGCAUCGCACGUCCUGUUAAUGUCCAAUUCUUAUGUCGAUCCCAAUGCCGGUCUCAUCUCUACUCCGGCGAAUACUCCGAACACGGUGUAUUACGCCAUGAAUGUCUGAGCGACACAAAGCUGCAAGAAACAUUUGAAAAACGACUGAAACAUUUUAUGUGGAUUUUUAGAACGUCUUUACGACAUCCUGCGGAUGUUCGUGUUACCUGGAAUAUAUUUAACUCUCUCACCGCUAUGUCUCGGGUGGUUUUGACAUGAUUUGUAAGUAACAAAGACGUGCGGUAGAAAAACUCUGUUUUCCUACCUCUUUCUGCAAUUGACUACAUAUACAUGACAAAAAUUUUCGUCAUUCGUUAAAAUGACGUUUCUUAAGAGACGAUGGGUAAAAAAUUCAAGUGCAAUUUUUAUGUAAAUUUUUUUCAAUUCAGCUUUUCGUUGUCUUCCUAAUUUCUAUAUCGCGCUUUGUAUCUAUUUUAAAUUUUGUAAUUCUUUUCGACGGUUGAGUUUUAGCCGAAAAAAUCCAAAGAGCUCGUGUCUUCUGUUGAUAGAUGUUGAUAUAGAAAAUGCUUUUUUAUUGAAGUGUAAUUUAAAAAAACAACAUUGAGUAUAGACACCGAAAUCUUAAACGUUCUUCAGACACGGAAACACACGCGUUGCAAACUUUUCAUUAAUAUAUAUUAUAGCAAGAAUAGAGUAAAAACAUAUAUGUGUACGUAUUUUUUUUUGCUAGAUUAUAAUUACAUUAAAUACUCUUUGAUAUUAUUUUCCUUAAUUCGAUGAUCUUCGUUUACGUGAUGUUCGUACGUUUUAUCGCGAUAUAAUAACAUUAGUUCGAAUUAUAUCACUUUACGCUCGUUAUUAUAAUAUUGUAGUAUAAAUUUUCUAUGGCACUGUAGAUAUCAUCAUAUAGAUCUGUUGUUCUAGAUUUCUCUCUCUCUUUCUCU